AUGUCUAAAAGAUUAAAUGAAGAUGUGGAGGACAUCCCAAGAAAUACAGCCUCUAAGGGUGCUGCCGGGGAUAUUCCAAAUGCCAACAAAAUUGAAGCAUUAGAAAAUGAUGUUGAUAUGGGUGAAUUUGAAGAUCCUUAUAGUGAUGAAUUUGAAAGUGAUGAAGAAAUUGUUGAAAUUGAUUCCAAUGGUGAAGGUGAAGAAGAUGCACAAGAUGUUAUUCAAAAGGAUCAAGGUGAAGAUUUGAAAGAAUCAACAAUAUAUUUACCACAUAAAUCAAAACCUUUGGGCCCUGAUGAAGUUUUAGAAGCCGAUCCUUCAGUUUAUGAUAUGUUACAUAAUGUCAAUUUACCAUGGCCUUGUCUUACUUUAGAUAUUUUACCAGAUCAUUUAGGGAACGAAAGAAGAAAUUUCCCAGCUUCAUUAUAUGUCACCACUGCAACACAAGCUGAAAAGAAGAAAGAUAAUGAAUUAUAUGUUUUGAAAUUAAGUCAACUUUCUAAAACUUUGGUUAAAGAUGAAGAAGAAGAUGCUGAUGAUGAAAAUGAAGAUGAAGAAUAUGAAGGUGAUCCAAUCAUGGAGAGUGAAUCAAUCCCAUUACGUGAUACUACUAAUAGAAUAAGAGUAUCACCACAUUCUUCAUCAACUGGUGAAUAUUUUACAGCUACUUCAAGUGAAAAUGGUGAAGUUUUAAUUUAUGAUUUAAGCUCACAAUAUAAAGCAUUCGAUUCACCAGGUCAUACAAUUCCAAAAAAUGCUAAAAAACCAAUACAUACUAUUAAAAACCAUGGUAAUGUUGAAGGUUAUGGUUUAGAUUGGUCUCCAUUAAUUAAUACCGGUAGUUUAUUAUCUGGUGAUUGUUCAGGAAGAGUCUAUUUAACAAACAGAACUAGCUCCAACUGGGUGACAGAUAAAACCCCAUUCACAGUAGAUAAUAAUGAAUCCAUAGAAGAUAUACAAUGGUCAAAAGCUGAACAAACCGUUUUUGCUACAGCAGGUACUGAUGGAUAUAUAAGAAUUUGGGAUACUAGAUCCAAAAAGCAUAAACCAGCUAUUUCUGUGGUUGGUUCCAAAACUGAUAUCAAUGUUAUUUCUUGGUGUGAUAAGAUCAAUUAUCUACUAGCUAGUGGUGAUGAUGAUGGUAAAUGGGGUAUUUGGGAUUUGAGAAACUUCAAACCAGGUAAUCAACCUUCACCAGUUGCACAAUAUGAUUUCCACAAAAGUGCAAUCACUUCUAUCAGUUUCAACCCAUUAGAUGAGUCAAUUAUUGCAGUCAGUUCAGAAGAUAAUACUGUUACUUUAUGGGAUUUAUCAGUCGAAGCUGAUGAUGAAGAAAUUAAACAACAAAAAUCUGAUGCAAAAGAUUUGGAAGACAUUCCACCACAAUUAUUAUUUGUUCAUUGGCAAAAAGAUGUUAAAGAUGUAAAAUGGCAUAAACAAAUACCAGGUGCCUUAGUGAGUACAGGUACUGAUGGAUUAAACGUUUGGAAGACCAUUAGUGUUUAG